AUGUCCGUUGAUCUGUUGAGGAAAUCGUUAAGUUUUAUUGAAGAAGAGGAUGGCAUUUCGGCGAGUAAAAAGCUGAAAAGAGUAUCUCGGAUAUCACCAGAAAUGCGAGAACGACAACGUAUCAGGGCAUUAGCUGGUCAUCUGGAAUUCGACUGUGAUAGAGGUGAUUUCGUUGAAGCCACGAAUGCGAAACAUUCAAAUUCGAUCAAGAAUGAAUGGACUCCCAAACCGGUGAGCAUUCUGAUGUGUUGUUUCGGCAAUCUCAAAUAUAAUUGA